UGUUAUUAUGUUUUGAAGGCUGGGACAUUAGCUGCCUGUGGUUAUAAUAGAACAUGUACAAAUUGUGUAGUUUCUCUUGUUUUGUAGGAGCAGUUAGCUAGCUUACUGCGUCUUUUUGGCUAACGUUAAUUUUGAUGUAGCUUUAGCUGGCCGUUAGUUCAACAACCGUCAACGCGUUCUGGGUGUCAAGGCUUAAGGAUGUGGCUUCUGUGGGUCCUGCUGCUGUCAUCACUGCUCUCUGCGGUAUCUGCUGCUGCCGACUCCAAGGCUGUCACCACCACCCUCACAACCAAAUGGGCUGAUACCCCUCUGCUGCUGGAGGCCAGUGAGUUCCUGGCAGAGGAGAGCCAGGAGAAAUUCUGGGACUUUGUGGAGGCCAAUCAGAACAUAGAAGGAGAGCAUGAUGACACAGAUCAGGCCUACUAUGACCUGAUUGUGAAGAAAGCCGGUGCCGUGCUCAGCUCCGUCCAGGUGAACAUGCUGAAGUUCGCCCUCUCUCUGAGAGCCUACUCUGCAACAGUACACUCCUUCCAACAGAUUGCGUCCAAUGAGCCUCCUGCCUCUGGCUGCUCAGCAUUUUUCAGCGUCCAUGGAGAAAAGACAUGUGAUGAAGAUAGUUUAGCAGCACUGCUGAAAACGGCCCCUCAGAGGCCAAAGCCAUACCUUUUUAAAGGCGAUCAUAAAUACCCAGGAUCAAAUCCAGAUGCUCCUAUUGUCAUUCUGUACGGCCAGUUUGGGACACCGGAGUUCCAGAGGCUUCACCAAGUCAUAUCCUCCAAAGUCCACGAAGGCCUGGUGACCUAUGUGCUCCGGCAUUACGUUGCUAAUCCCAGUAAGAAGAAGGUCUAUCUGUCUGGAUACGGAGUGGAGCUGGCCAUCAAAAGCCAGGAGUACAAAGCAAAGGACGACACACAAGUCCAAGAGGCAGAGGUGAAUGCUACAAUGUUUGGAGAGAAUGAUCCUGUGGACGAGGUUCAGGGAUUCCUUUUUGGCAAACUCAAGACUGUCUACCCAGAGCUGAAAGAGCAGCUGAAGGAGUUGAGGAAACAUCUGGUAGAAAGCACCAACGAAAUGUCACCUCUGAAAGUCUGGCAAAUGCAAGAUCUGAGUUUCCAGACAGCAGCUCGAAUUCUUGCUGCUCCCGCUGCUGAGGCCCUCACCGUUAUGAAAGACCUGAGUCAGAACUUCCCCACCAAAGCCAGGUCCAUCACCAAAACAGUGGUCAGCUCUGAGAUCCGCAAAGAGAUCGGCGAGAACCAGAAGUUUUUCAAAGGAACUCUGGGCCUGCAGCCUGGGGAUUCGGCCCUUUUCAUCAACGGGCUGCACAUAGAUCUGGACACACAAGACAUCUUCAGUGUGUUUGAGGUGCUGCGCAGUGAGGCCAGGGUGAUGGAGGGCAUGCGCUCUCUGCACGUCGACACGUCGUUCAUCCACGACAUCCUGAAGCUCAACGUGCAACCCUCUGACUCUGACUACGCUGUCGACAUCCGCAACGCCGCCAUUAGCUGGAUUAACAACUUGGAGACGGACCACAGGUACAGCUCAUGGCCGUACAACGUGCAGGAGCUGCUCAGACCGACCUUCCCCGGGGUCAUCAGGCAGAUCCGCAAGAACUUCCACAACCUGGUGAUCAUUUUGGACCCAACUGAGGAGAGCACUACUGAGCUGCUGGGCGUCGCAGAGAUGUUUUACGCUAACAACAUCCCCCUCAGGAUAGGGCUGGUGUUCGUGGUGUCGGAUGAAGAAGACGUAGACGGUAUGCAGGAUGCAGGCGUGGCGCUGGUCCGAGCCUACAACUACAUCAGCGACGAGGUGGACAGUCAGAGUGCUUUUGAAGCGGUCAUCUCGAUGUACAACCGGGUGCCUAUUGGUGGAAAGCUGAGUGUGGGGGACGUGGUGAAAGUGCUGGAGAAGAGGUUCCCCUACGUCGAGGUCAGCAGCGUCCUGGGAGCCGACUCCAGCUACGACAGCAACAGGAAGGGCGGACGGGCGUACUACCAGCAGACGGGGGUCGGCCCGCUGCCUGUGGUCAUGUACAACGGCAUCCCGUACCAGAAAGAGCAGCUGGACCCCGACGAACUGGAGACAGUCACCAUGCAGAAGAUCCUGGAGACCACGACCUUCUUCCAAAGAGCUGUCUACCUGGGGGAGCUGGCCACAGACCACGACGUCGUUGACUUCAUCAUGAAUCAGCCCAACGUUGUUCCUCGCAUCAACCCCAGAGUGCUGUCCACCAGCAGAACGUACCUGGACCUGUCUGAUACCAACAACUUCUUUGUCGAUGAUUACGCUCGCUUCUCAACUCUGGACUCCAAGGAGAAGAGCACCGCUGUGGCCAACAGCCUGAACUACAUGACUAAGAAAGACGAUGGCUACAUCCGCCCCGUGACCUUCUGGGUGGUCGGAGACUUUGACAAGCCAUCUGGACGCCAGCUUCUCUACGAUGCCAUCAGACACAUGAAAACGAGCAACAACGUCCGGCUGGGGAUGAUCAACAACCCGUCGGCUGCCGUGUCAGCGGAGACGAGUCGCGUGGCCAGGGCAAUCUGGGCCGCCAUGCAGACGCAAUCUGCCAACAAUGCCAAAAACUUCAUCACCAAGAUGGCUAAAGAAGACACCGCCGCGGCCCUGGAGGAGGGAGUGGACAUCGGGGAGUUUGCUGUCGGGGGUAUGGAUGUGUCAUUGUUCAAGGAUGCAUACGAUGGUCCCAAAUUUGACUUCCUGCUCUCCCACGCUGCCUACUGCCGAGACGUGCUCAAACUGAAGAGAGGACAGAAAGCUGUUAUCAGCAACGGAAGAAUCAUAGGUCCCCUGGAGGAGGAGGAGGUGUUCAACCAGGAUGACUUCCUGCUGUUGGAGAGCAUCAUCCUGAAAACAUCUGGAGAGCGAAUCAAAAGCAAGGUCCAACAGUUUGGGAUUGAGGAGGACAGGGCCAGCGAUCUCGUGAUGAAGGUGGACGCUCUGCUCUCCUCUCAGCCCAAAGGAGAAGCCCGGGUAGAAUAUGACAUUGCAGAUGACCGCUACAGUGCUGUGAAGAUUCGACCGAAGGAGGGAGACGUGUACUUCGAUGUUGUUGCCGUGGUGGACCCUGUAACCAGAGACGCACAGAAACUGGCUCCUCUGCUGUUGGUUCUGAAGCAGUUGGUAAACGUCAACCUACGGGUCUUCAUGAACUGCCAGUCCAAACUGUCAGACAUGCCUCUCAAGAGUUUUUACCGCCACGUGUUGGAGCCAGAAGUGGUGUUCCAGGCCGACGGCAGCUUCUCUCCCGGCCCCUUGGCCAAGUUUCUGGACAUGCCUCAGUCUCCUCUCUUCACCCUGAACCUCAACACUCCCGAAACGUGGAUGGUGGAGUCUGUGCACACCCGCUACGACCUGGACAACAUCUACCUGGAGGAGGUGGAGAACAUCGUGGCGGCAGAGUACGAGCUGGAGCACCUUCUGUUGGAGGGUCAUUGUUUCGACGUCAGCUCAGGCCAGCCGCCGAGAGGCCUCCAGUUCACCUUAGGGACCGCCUCCGAGCCCGUCAUCAUGGAUACGAUCGUCAUGGCAAACCUGGGAUACUUUCAGCUGAAGGCAAACCCCGGCGCCUGGAUCCUGAAGAUGCGGAAAGGCCGCUCUGAUGACAUCUACAAGAUCUACAGCCAUGAAGGCACGGACUCUCCUGCUGAGUCCGAUGACAUCAUAGUCGUGCUGAAUAACUUCAAGACCCGGGUCAUUAAAGUCAAGGUCCAGAAGAAACCAGACAAGUUCAACGAGGAGCUGCUGAGCGACGUGACGGAGGAGAAUGACGCCGGCUUCUGGAAAUCUCUGACCAGAGGGUUCACAGGUGGAGGAAAGCCAGAGGAGGUAAAGCAGGAGAAAGACGACGUGAUAAACAUCUUCUCCGUGGCCUCGGGGCAUCUGUACGAGCGCUUCCUCAGGAUUAUGAUGCUGUCGGUUCUGAAAAACACCAAAACUCCCGUGAAGUUCUGGUUCCUCAAGAACUACCUGUCCCCGACGUUCAAGGAGUUCAUCCCCUACAUGGCGCAGCAGUAUGGUUUCCAGUAUGAGCUGGUGCAGUACAAAUGGCCGCGCUGGUUACACCAACAGACGGAGAAGCAGAGGAUCAUCUGGGGGUACAAGAUCCUGUUCCUGGACGUGCUGUUUCCCCUCGCUGUCGACAAGAUCCUGUUUGUGGACGCUGACCAGAUUGUGCGCACAGACCUGAAGGACCUGCGUGACUUCGACCUGGAGGGAGCUCCGUACGGUUACACGCCGUUCUGCGAGAGCCGGAGGGAGAUGGACGGCUACCGCUUCUGGAAGACCGGCUACUGGGCGAGCCACCUCGCAGGACGCAAAUACCACAUCAGUGCGCUGUAUGUGGUCGACCUGAAGAAGUUUAGGAAAAUUGCAGCAGGAGAUCGACUCAGAGGACAGUACCAGGGUCUCAGCCAGGACCCCAACAGCCUCUCCAACCUGGACCAGGAUCUGCCCAACAACAUGAUCCACCAGGUGCCGAUAAAGUCUCUGCCUCAGGAGUGGCUGUGGUGCGAGACGUGGUGUGACAACUCCUCCAAGGGAAGCGCCAAGACGAUAGACCUGUGUAACAACCCGAAGACCAAGGAGCCCAAGCUGCAGGCGGCGGUGAGGAUCGUGGCCGAGUGGACCGACUACGACCAGGAGAUCAAACGCCUGCAGACCAGAGUGCAGGACAAAGUACAGCAAACCAAGAAGCAGCAGGAAACAGACCCUCACACAGAGUUGUGAGGACCCUGCAGAGUGACGAGGCGAUGAUCUGGACUCUGUUUAAAGAGUCCUGAAGAGAGGCUCCUCUUCCUCCCGCCUGCUGACAGACGUGCUAAACGGUCCACACUGUUUUGUCUUUUUUAUAUCGUGUGACGGGGAGGGAAAGGCAGGUCUCAGAGGUUUUCUGUACGCGCGUGUGAAAGUGGUGAGAAUGUAUUUUGUGAAGCGAAUCAUGGAUAUAAAAUCUCGGUUUUAUUCCCCUGUUAUAGAUGUCAAUCUGUACGGUUGCACUGAUUCUGGUUUUGGCUGUGGUGGAAGCACAACAGGAGCCUUAGAAAACCUCUCUGCUGGUUUCCUGGGGUUUUUAUUUUGAAACAUGUCAAGUCGGGAGGGAUUUCUGCUCACUUCUGGGAAUAAAAGGUUCUCCUUUUUGGUUAAGGGUACAAUUCAAUAGGUUUACAGAGUUUAUUGUAAAUGAACAACUGUAGAUCAUUUCCCAAUUGUCACACCUCGAUACUAGGCCUGGGCCAUAUGUUUGAAAUAUAUAUCAUGACAUUAAUACAGUUUUUAAAAAUGAUUUGGCAAAUGAAUGAAAGGGAAUCGAACUGGUGUCCAGAACAGUGAAAUGUGAUCCCCUGCUUUUCCUCAAAUUGAAAUUCUAUUUGGUUUAUUUGUUUUGUUUUACAACUGAAUUAUGGCAACAUAAUACAUAGAAAGCUCAAACCUGAUGCAAUUACCUGAUGCGGCGUGUUGUACAGGUGUGGAUCUUCUUGUCUUUUUAAGAAUCACUUCAAACUACAGGGGAUUUUUAGUGUCCAAUCGAAACUCCACAACAACUAAAGGGAAUGAGUAUGGAAUUAAGAAAUGAUUAAUGAAUGUGACAUGAUCAUCCUGUUCUGGCUGUUGGUAUUUGUUCAAUUAAAAUCCCCAGUUAAGUGCUCCAUG